UGGGACAUUGGUGGACGCCAGUGUUGAGGGUGUGGUCCAGUACCUGGGCUGGCAGGCAGAGAAAAUUGGAUUUGAAUAUUUCCACACAUUGCAGGAAACAGUAAUACUUCUUAAGAGUUAUAAUGGACAGUGGACAAAUAGUAGUGUUCUAAGAAAUAUAUGGAUACUUCCCUUCAUUUGCCAGUAUGGGCCAUUUUAUGUUGAUGAACAGACAACACGCCCUCUCUAUACUACUAGUAGCCCUAGCACUGGCAGUACAGUAACAGCACAUAGUCAGGUGCAAGUGUCAGAUUGUCUGGACAAAUACCUCCUGUGGAUCAUAAUUGGUACAUGUGGUGGGGUGGUGUUGGUUAUGCUCAUGAUCAUCUGUGCAUUAGUGAGAAAGUUAAAUAAAACAAAGAAUCUGAACCAAAGAAAAAACAUCAACAGCUCUACACCAACUCAAGACAAUCAAAAUGUUACCCAUGACAUGGAUAACUACAGCACGGCAGCUCCUGUACGCAUGAUUCCUCCAUAUUCUACUGUUGAAAAAAAUGGUGGAAACAAAGAUUCUGAAACAACCUUUCCCUUGAAACAAGAUGAAAAUGGCACUUUAGAUGUGUCUGAAAAUACAAGGGGCAAACCUAAGGUAUCUUAUCUCGAACUUGUAAAAGGAGAAGAAAUUGACAAGGACUAUUACGAAAACCAUGCAGCUCAUUUCCAGCAAAACAAUCUAAGAGAUCUGAAAUCAAAACUUAAAAACAGUAAUGAUGUAGGGGAUGAAGGGAUCAAUUCAGCAGAAUGUCCAAUUCAGUCAGAACUGCAGGAAAAGCGUGCAUGCACAGGGAGGGAACUCUCCAUUUCUUGCAGCGAACCCAACCAAAUCUUGGUCAUAGUCUCAGCAUACUAUAGCUACUAUGACAUGAAGGACAAACGCUGCUAUUUCAGUGCAGGUCACUGCAGCACUUACAGCUCUAGAGAAGUUUAUAAGAAAUGUAAUCUACAGAAAGCAUGCAGUUUUCAGGUUGUGGAAAAAAGAAGCUCUCUCUGUCAGACAGCCAGGUCCAGGUAUCUUACUGUUUUGUACAGGUGUAGAACAGUGGAAUGCCCUGACCUGCUGCCUCCCCUACAUGGAGUCCUUGGCUUCACCAGUCCUGCCAGGCAGUAUGGUUCAUUAGCCAGGUAUACUUGUGAUAGAGGCUUCACCUUAGCGGGAACAAAGACCAGAGUUUGCCAAGAAAACUGCAGCUGGUCUGGAAUACAGCCAAUGUGCUCCAUCCCCCCAGAAGUGUGCCCGACCUCAGUGAACCCCAUCCAUUCCUAUGGCAACUACUGUUAUGAGCUGCGUCCAGAGCUGCUUUCCUACCCGCUGGCCACUCAGGCCUGUGUAGACAGUCAUGGUACCCUGGCCAGUGUGGACACGCCAGAAUUGAGGGCCUUCCUUGCAUGGUUGGCAGAGGAUUUACUUACAGGUGCUAACUACUGGGUGACCACUAGACAGGGAGAUAUGCAGGAAAUAGCCAGAAGUUAUGAUUUAACAUGGGUUCCAGCAACCAUCCAACCCACAUACUACAACAUGUUCAUUUGUCAAUAUGGGCCAUACAAUACUUACACACCAGAUAUGUUGGACAAGCUUCCAAACAGAGGGCCUGGAGAUGAUGGAACAAGUAGUGUGUCUGUUGGCAGCUACCCACCUCUCAAUGUAACGACUGGGGGGACUGGUCAGGUACAGGAGGACCUAGGACAGGAUUCAGACUUGGUCACAGCCAUUGUGUUUGCUGUUCUUCUUGGAUUGCUGUCAGUUGUGCUGCUCAUAAUCCUAGCUAUAUUUAUCAGGAAAUACUGUAAAACAAAAAAGGAGAAAGAAGCAGAAGAUGCUGGAGAUGGCUCAUCUUGGGAUAAUUACUCUCUCAAUGGUGGCCCUGCUUACAGAGAUCCACAAACUCUGCACUCAACAGAGAUCAAGAAUGAUGGCAGAAACACACAAGAAGAAGAAGAGGGGGAUGUUGACAGGGAAUGCCCCCCUCGAGCACCCACCAAAAAAUUAUCUGUGCAAAAUAUCAAAGCUUUGCUGUAUGCACAAGUCAGAAAAAUACGAAAACCCCGAGCGCAAAGGGAUGGUUAUGAUGAUAUUGUCAUCCAAGUUGGAAACUCCCCUACAAAUGAAAACCCAGAGGUACCUGAUAAGGCACCACACUCACCAGUUAUAGGAAAUCCCACAAAUCCCAUUACAACAAACACUGUAAAAACUAUUGCAUUAGAAGCUGCUGCAGCAUCAGCUGGUAUUCCAUCAUAUGCUAAUGCUAGUACGGACUCUACUACAAGCGGGAGUACCCACGAGUACGCAGUCCCAGUGGACACCAAGCAUGGCAGCCCUUAUGAAGUUAGAAAUAUCACAGACAUGUCAGGUAACCAGUAUGAUGAGGUACCCAGGGAGGAGGACUACCCCUACCAGGUUAUGCCCAAUGGUCAGAAGUCUGAUGACCAGGUCAGUGAGGUGGCUCAAGCAAAAAAGCCUUUACCUAUACCAGUGAAGAGACCACAUGGUCAGGCUCAGACUGAUUCUACAAAAGUUGACUUUAAAGAUAAUGAUUUGUAUUAUGACACUUCAGAAUAAGUUCUUUUUGAGAUGAAUUAUACCUAGUAUAUCUAAUGUCCUGUUUAAACCAAGAUGAUCCAUUGGCAUACCCUAUGUAACUGCUGACUUCAACCAAAAAUCAUUCAUUUCCAGUUGACAUCAAUGAGUUCUGAGAACAAGCCAAAUAUGAUUCCUGCAUCUUUAUUGCUGUUUGCCUUCCAAUGAUGCAGUAUUGAAUACUGUAGUUUAUUACCAGUAUGCUGGCAGUGCCACAUUUUUUAUAAACAAUAUACACCAUUUGUGCAUGAUCUUGCUAUAGGACACAACUUAUUUAACAUCUUGUUAACUAGCUUGCCUCAAGAUAAAGAUUAGCAUCUUGUAAAGUGGCCAGUAAAUUGCUCAAAUAUUUUUGUGAACUUCAGAAGGAAAAAUUAAUAGUCAUUGAAGCAAAAACAGAUUUGAAAGAAUUAAAAAUAUAAAUAGCCAUGUUGGCAAAGUAAUGUACCUGAAAUUUUUUAGUGUCAUAGUGUGGUUGUUGUGAUUUUUAUAUUUGGUUGUGAUAAGGCAACUCUAUUUUGAAAUAGAAAAUUUUUACCAGAAUCAUGUGGGUCUCCUUCCAGUGCCAACUUAAAAAUUGUUUUUACAUCGAUUUCACCCAAUUUAAGGAUUUUCAGGUAAUUCUCUUAAAUCAAAUGGGUAUUUUUUUUUUCAAAUUAGGGCUGUAUUCAAUACAUACUGUUGUGGAGACAUAUAUAACAAGUUGAGUUUAGCUUCAUUAAUGUAUCAGGGGCCCUUACUUUUCUAGGGCAAUCAGAAUCUCUGUAAAUUUUAAAUGAAAGGGUGGAUUGUUGUGUGAGAGAUAAAAGGUUGCAAAUGGUGGGCAAUGUAUAGUAAAGUAGUAAAUUUUGUUCUUGAUAUAUACAUAUAUUAUUUGAUAUUUAAUUUGCUUUAUACACAUUCAUUUUAAUAAAUCCCUUCAAAGACCUUUACUACAAGGUAGAUGCAGCAUCAUUUGGGAAUUUGAAGUGAGGCAGUCUCCAUAUUGGAUUUGUCUUUAUAAUUUUUGAAAAGAAAAUUGUAAAAAAUAUCAAACACCUGUUAGCAAAAAUAAUGCUUUUACAGGUCAAAGACUAGUGUGUACUUUCUCUCAGUUCCAUCAUUUUUUGAGAACAUAAAAUACAUAAUAAUAAAAAUUACAAAUAUUCAUUUAUUAAGUGGUUUUAUUGAGGGUUACUACAAACUAAAAAUAAUUAGCUUUUACACUGUACAAACACUCGAUACCACUACAUCAGUAUUGUUUCUUUGAAAACUAAGAUCUCUGUUCCAGCUGAAAAAAUAUAAUAUCAAUAAGGUUUUGAGACUAUUUAAGUACAGUAAUAUUACCAUUAAACUAGGCCCCUAACUAGUUUAUGCAGUAGGGGACCAAUAUGGUUUAUUUUAAGCCUAUUUUUAAGAAAGCUAGCCCAAGGCUUUUUAUACACAUUCUUAGGUUUUUUUAUGAUGGUGCCCUUCAAACACACACAAACACACAAUGUGACAUUCUCCCAACCAACGCAAACUGCUAGACUUAUAAAUACAUAAUUGUGACAGCUAGCAUAUAAUAUUAUGAGAAAUACAUUCAUCGGAGGGGAUUUUAUCUAGAAAAUAGUUAUUCCAUCUUUUUGUUUUCUUACUGACUUGGCUUUAGAAUUAAGAGAACAAUGCUUAUAAAACUUUGAUGCAUACCUACUCCAUGGAAAAAAUUUUGGUUGGAACAUGGACUUGUAAAAUAAUAAUAACAAUAAUAAUGAUAAAUCUGGUUAUUCUUCAUCUUAACAUGCAAGUUGCCAAAUUACAAUCUUGGUUUUAAAAGAGAUUAAAUUUCAAGAUUUCCUUAUCGCAGUGAAAUCAUGUUAACCAAGUCAACAUUUUUUUAUUACAAUGUAUUUCUACAAGUACAGUGCAGGUUUGUAUUUAUGAGGUAAUCCUACACUUUCAGUGGCAGCUUAAUUCUAAAAAAUCUCAUCAGAUGCUCACAAGAGUUUUAAACUACUCAAGUCUGAAA